GGGCGCGGGGGGCGGGGCGGGCGGCGCGGGCGGUGCAGGUGCCGGGCCGGGAGCGAGCGGCGGCGGCGGCGGCGGCGGCACCACCAUGGGCCGGGCCCGGCGCUUCCAGUGGCCGCUGCUGCUGCUGUGGGCGGCCGCGGCGGGGCCAGGGGCAGGACAGGAAGUACAGACAGAGAACGUGACAGUGGCUGAGGGUGGGGUGGCUGAGAUCACCUGCCGUCUGCACCAGUAUGAUGGGUCCAUAGUUGUCAUCCAGAACCCAGCCCGGCAGACCCUCUUCUUCAAUGGCACCCGUGCCUUGAAGGAUGAGCGUUUCCAGCUUGAGGAGUUCUCCCCACGCCGGGUGCGGAUCCGGCUCUCAGAUGCCCGCCUGGAGGACGAGGGGGGCUAUUUCUGCCAGCUCUACACAGAAGACACCCACCACCAGAUUGCCACGCUCACGGUACUAGUGGCUCCAGAGAAUCCUGUGGUGGAGGUCCGGGAGCAGGCGGUAGAGGGCGGCGAGGUGGAGCUCAGCUGCCUCGUUCCGCGGUCCCGUCCGGCUGCCACCCUGCGCUGGUACCGGGACCGCAAGGAGCUGAAAGGAGUGAGCAGCAGCCAGGAAAAUGGCAAGGUCUGGAGCGUGGCAAGCACAGUACGGUUUCGUGUGGACCGUAAGGACGACGGUGGUAUCAUCAUCUGCGAGGCGCAGAACCAGGCGCUGCCCUCCGGACACAGCAAGCAGACGCAGUACGUGCUGGAUGUGCAGUACUCCCCCACAGCCCGGAUUCAUGCCUCCCAAGCUGUGGUGAGGGAGGGAGACACGCUGGUGUUGACGUGUGCUGUCACGGGGAACCCCAGGCCAAACCAGAUCCGCUGGAACCGCGGGAAUGAGUCUUUGCCGGAGAGGGCGGAGGCCGUGGGAGAGACGCUCACGCUGCCGGGCCUGGUAUCCGCGGAUAACGGCACCUACACUUGCGAGGCGUCCAAUAAGCACGGCCAUGCGAGGGCGCUCUACGUACUUGUGGUCUACGACCCUGGUGCGGUGGUAGAGGCUCAGACGUCGGUUCCCUAUGCCAUUGUGGGCGGCAUCCUGGCGCUGCUGGUGUUUCUGAUCAUAUGUGUGCUAGUAGGCAUGGUCUGGUGCUCGGUACGGCAGAAGGGUUCCUAUCUGACCCACGAAGCCAGUGGCUUGGAUGAACAGGGAGAAGCAAGAGAAGCCUUCCUCAAUGGCAGCGACGGACACAAGAGGAAAGAGGAAUUCUUCAUCUGACCCUAUCCCCACCCCAGGCCUAGGCCUGGGCCUGGGCUGGGGUCCCCCCCACUGCCAGCUGCAAGGAACCAGCAAAGACAUUUACCAGAGUCUGGGAUGGUGGGCUUCUCCCCCCACCACUAACACCUCAGACGCUUGGGCAGGGAUGGGGGUGUUGGAUGCCUGGAUCUCUGUAAGGGCCAGAAGUGAGGGCCCAGAGGUCUGGGUCCCCCAGGGGGCAGGGGCCAAAGGUCCAGACCCCCCAAGUCCAGUGAGGGCAGUAGGGAUUGGGUUGGGGGAAGAUAACUGGGGGAAGGCCAGGGCCCCUAGGCUACAAAACCAGGUCUUGUGGGGAGGGGGUCAGUUUCUGGGAAGGGUGGGGGGGGGGGGCAGGGAAGGGGAACACAGAUUUCUUUGGGGGUCCUAGACCCCAUGCCAGCCAUUGUAAGAGUUCCACAGAGCUCUGGGCACUUCUUUGCAAAGCCAUGUUUGCACGGUGGGGGGAUGGGUGGGGGGAGGGCGUGGAAAUAGGGAUUCUGUGUCUUUGUGUCAUAACUUUGAUGGGGGCAGUGAGGGAGACAGCCCCAACCCUUUUCUCCAAUCCCCCUUCCCCAGGUUCCUGGGCUCCCCUUCUCUCUACCUUCUCCCCCAACGUCUGUCCCAUCCAUAUUUGUCUCUCUGUCCACCCACUCCUGGGGGGGCCUUCCCCAUCUCUCCUCCAGGCCCCCCGGGGAGGGGGAAAGGAGUUUGGGGAGGAUUCGUGGUCUUUAUGGUUUUAUAUAUAAUAUAUUAAAAAAUCAAAAGUCUGUAUGAAAAUAUCAGAUUGCACCCCCCUCUCCCCAUUCCUGGCUUUUGCCCCCUUUUUCUUGUUAAAAAACAAAAAACAAAAAACAAAAAACCACACACACAUUUUGUACGGGGCAGGGAGGGGAAUGGGGAGGGGGUUUGGCAAUCUCACUAACCACCAUUAAACUGAGGAGAGAACAA